AUGUCAAUCUGAGUAUCUGACAAUCAGGAUGUUUUUGAUUAGAUAUUCAUAUAUACAAGUGUGUUGUGAAUAAAUGAGUUAAUUACUUAGUACAUACUCUAAUAGUAUAUUGCCUAACGUAUUGCAGAAGCGAUGUACUAAUUAGGUUUAAAAGGGAACAUAAUUUGAGCUUUUUGUUCGAUAUAUACUUAUAAAGUACCCAUAUUCAAUACAAAAGGGGUACCCUACUUAUUGUAAUAAAUAUCCGUUGAUUUUACCAUGUGAUUUUGAAGUCAUUUGAGACAGUAACAUUUAUGUAUGGUACCAGAGUUCAACAUAAAGAAAGUUAGGAAGAAAAUUACUCAAUAAAUGAUUACGCACUUACGGGAAGUGAUAGUGAUAAGACACAGUUAAGUGUGUCAUCUGAUAUUAGAGGCAAAAACAAUGGUGACUUAUUUACUUACUUUGAAUGAUCUAUUUGUCGAUUUUUAAGCCAAACCGAUAGGAAAUAAGACAAAACAAAUAAAAAGUGACUUAAUUAUUCCUGUGAAACGUGUGUGGUGUGUUUACAUAGACAAUUUAAGGUCAUAUAGUAUAAUCACACAAAACCUUGAUUUAUUACUUAAUAAAGUUAAUAAGUGCUUGUCGUAUUUUAUAAUGUCCGUGAUGCAGAGAAACAGUCAAGAUCAUAUGCUCUAAAAAAAUUAUUGAAAGAGAAAUGACAACUAUGACUCGGGAGGUAAAUGAGAUUUGUCAAAGGAAAUCAACUAGAUACAUGAAGAUACCUUUAAAGUCAAGGGAACAGGUAUACCUGGUGUUCCUUGUACCCACUAUUAUUAGUUGCCUCGUGUAUGUGUUACACUUUGCAGCUGACCUGGUUGUUGCACUGCAACAUUACAGAGAAAACAAUCCAGCAUGGGCUUGCAUUACUGUAGGAUUUAUGUAUGCUCCUGCAGUGGCUUAUUUUGUCUUGACAAUUUCAAGACCCGACUGGUGGAUGACCGAUGAUGAUAAGCUGCACAAGGGAGCUUUUCUGUGGUGCCUGAUGCAAAUUGCCAAACUUGUGGCUUUUCCAUUUUUUGCUCUUUACAGAUUUGCUGGACUCAUAGUAUUGUCUGUAGAUGCAUUGCAGCUAAAAGGAGAAGAAAGAAAGAAAACACUGGACAUUGCUGCAGCUCCAGCUGCGAUUGAACUCUACUUCUUUCUUCAGGCUUGGUUCCAGGCUGCUCCUCAGGCAUUUUUUCAAAUGCACCUGUUAUUAAGAGAAAGAAAUACUCCAAGAUCUGCACAAUCUGAGGUUAUUCAUGGGCUAUGUAUCUUAGUAUCGAUUUGUGUGAUAGCCAUCAAGACAACAUCAUUUCAGAGAUAUGAAAGCCAAAGAGUAGCUGGUAGAAAAGUACCUUGGGCAAUGUGGCUAAAAAAAUACAGGCUUCAGGAACUUCAAAGUCUUGAAAAAAAACAGUUACUUUCAUCAUCUGUGACAACACCUCAAAAAGAAAGUGCUGAACCAAUUCUUCAAGAAGAAAUUUCAAAUCAAGACAAUCCUAAUUAUACAUAUACUAUACAACGUCAAAACUCUGUGACUCCACCACUGCCACCAAAAAAUGUCAAGAUCAUCCCACCUCCAGCUCCGCUUCGAGGAAUAACGUCCAUCACGCCGUUACCCAUUCCAGACAUGCCAGCACCACCUAGGCCAGAUUCCAUGGUUGAUAGCAAAGACAUAACGUUUGUUCGAGUUGAAGAACCAUGGAAAGAAAAUUUAAUAAUGUACCAGACUCUUGGUGAUAAGACAGAGGUGACUUUUGAAAAAAUUAACAGUAUUAAAAGAAAAAAUUAUUCUAAAGGAUUAGACGAAGAUGAUCCCGUGGGAUCAUUUCUAUCGUUCUUGUGGUGGUUUUUAUUCAUAUUAGCGCGCAUAUUAUCAGUGGCCAUAUUUUUUGAAUUUUACCCUUUAUAUGCGGUAGGAGUAAUAGGGGCACAUUACAUUUUCAUGAUUACUUAUUUAUUUUAUUACUCGAAGUAUUUUGAUGUAACAAGUUUCUUCAUAAAUUUGUGGCUCGGAUUAGUGUAUAUUUUUAGUUUAAUCGAAUACAGAGUAAAAUUUACGAAAGCCGACAAACUGGUUGCUUUUUACCAUGUGUUUGUCAUAUUGCAAAAUACUUUAAUGACCAUAUGUUGGUACUUAUACAGUGAAUUUGAAGGAUUCUGGUACUCAUACUCAUUUAACUUAAUAUUCAUAUGCAUGAGUCUAUGUCUCUUUUCAAUGAUAGUGUAUACUUUUUUACUAAAGCCAGAAAAGCGUAGAGUGUAUAUCGCCCAAAUAUAAUAAAAUUUACAGUAUGUGAUACCUUUCUGGAUAUCUAUUUACAUUAACUAUUUUUUAAUCAAGAAAUUUGGACUCCGAAUCGCUCCAAUUGGUGUUUUUAAUAGUACGUAUAGUUUUACAACAUGUUAAGACUGAGCUAAUUAUAACAGAUAGGGACUGCAAUCUGUGUAGAAUAUGAUUUCACGUUGUAAUCAGCAUCUUAUAAACUAUUUUGUGAAACACUAAUUUAUUAUUUAUAUCGUAACUACAUCACAUAAAUAAUACACUCUAGUGUUACAAUUUUUUACCUGGUAGACAUAUUUACAGAUCCUUGUACAAUAUGUGCAAUAAAAAUAUUUAUACAAA